AUGGAGUCAGUUGUUAGGAGAAUUUAAUUGAAAAUUGCUUAUAUGCGUUUUAAUAUAUAAAAUCAAAUUCAUAAAUCAACACACUUGAUUAAUACUUUGAAGUACAGUUGGAUUAAGAAAAUAUUGUUACAACGAUGUGUGAGUAAUUCUAUACUAGUGAUAUCCUUACAAUUAUGCUUAUUUGUUAAUAAUAAUGUAUAUUUAUUUGGAUAUUCGUAAUCAUUAGUUUUGUGCGACUUAUAAUUAAAUAAUCUUGCCUAUUCAAAAGCAACUGGAAAUGUAUGUACUACUUAAUAAAUUUGUUUAAUUACUACUUCAACAGUUUCUGAUGAGGUUUAAUUUACUGAAUCAUGCUCUGAAUUUUCGUCCAUUUACUAAUGUGAAACAUGCUCAUAAGGAAAAUUUUCAGUAUCACAAUAAUAAUAGAUUUAUAUAUGUUUGAAUUGUUAAGAUGGAUAUUAUUUAGAAAAUAUAAUAAGUAAAUGUUUUUUGUGUCCAUCUGAUUUGAGAUGUUAAUCAUGCUACUAAUAACACAAAACAUCUUAAGAUAAUUGGAAAAUAGACAUUAGAGCAUAUUAUAAAGUAUUUAUUGAAAAAGAUGAUGAACAUCCUUAUUCUGAAUAUGGUUAAAGCUCAAAUAAAGAAGAUUAUGAAAUAAAAUGCAGUCAAUGUGUUUUUGGGUAUGAAUUAAUUAAUAAUCAAUGCAUUUAAUCAUGUUCUGAUAGGUGUUUGAGAUGUUAACUCAUAAAUGGGUAAAAUAUUUGUUUAAAAUGUAAACUUGGAUAAUAUGGUAGGAAAUUAACUUUGAUGAAUAAUGAAUGCAUUGAGUGCUCAUCAAAUUGUGCUUUAUGCCGAGUAAGAUCAAAUGAAGAGANAAAUGAAUGUAUAAAAUGGUAUAAUCUAUUUUAUCUCUAGCCCUUAAGACAAUGAUAAUGAUUUAUUAUGUAUAGAUUGCUUGUAAUUUCCAAUAACUUGGUCUUAAAAACCCAUCUGCACAAAGGAUUUAAUAAAUCAUGGAUAAACAUCUGAUAGUGCUUUUUAACUAAUAUCCAGAAGCUUAAGAGAUUAUGAUUUUUAUUUCAUUGAUGAUGAAAAUUAAUUGAAACUCUAAUUAGGGUAUUUGGACUAUUGUGAUCCAGAUCGAAAAGAAGAAAAAUGUGUUUUAUCUCGAGAAAAAAAUAACGGUUAAUAUCAUUAUGUUAAUUGUAAACCUAAUUAUUACAUACUCAAUAAUGAUUGCGAAGAAAUAAAUCUAAAUUGCUUAGAAGCCUAAGACAAUGGUGAUUGUAAAAUUUGCUUAGAUAAUAUGUACCCAGUUCAAAAUAAAUGCUAUAAUUGUCCUAUUGAUUGUUAAACUUGUGAAUUCAACAAAUUAGAUAAAGAGGUUUAAUGUACUUCUUGCUAUGAUAGAUAUGCUUUAAAGAAUAAAUAAUGUUAAUUAUGCGGUUCAUAUUGUAAAAUAUGUCAAAAUUAUUAUGAUAACAAUCUAAAGUAUUCAUACCUUAAAUGUUUGAAAUGCAUUGAUAAUACUAAAUACUUUUUAUCUUUUGAUGGAGUCAGUUGUUAGGAGAAUUUAAUUGAAAAUUGCUUAUAUGCGUUUUAAUAUUUAAAAUCAAAUUCAUAAAUCAACACACUUGAUUAAUACUUUGAAGUACAGUUGGAUUAAGAAAAUAUUGUUACAACUUGUGCCAGAUGUGUGAGUAAUUCUAUACUAGUGAUAUCCUUACAAUUAUGCUUAUUUGUUGAUAAUAAUGUAUGUUUAUUUGGAUAUUCUUAAUCAUUAGUUUAGUGCGACUUAUAAUUAAAUAAUCUUGCCUAUUCAAAAGCAACUGGAAAUGUAUGUACUACUUAAUAAAUUUGUUUAAUUACUACUUCAACAGUUUCUGAUGAGGUUUAAUUUACUGAAUCAUGCUCUGAAUUUUCGUCCAUUCACUAAUGUGAAACAUGCUUAUAAGGAAAAUUUUCAGUAUCACAAUAAUAAUAGAUUUAUAUAUGUUUGAAUUGUUAAGAUGGAUAUUAUUUAGACAAUAUAAUAAGUAAAUGUUUUUUGUGUCCAUCUGAUUUGAAAUGUUAAUCAUGUUAUUAAUAACACAAAGCAUCUUAAGAUAAUUGGAAAAUAGACAUAAGAGCAUAUUAUAAAGUAUUUAUUGAAAAAGAUGAUGAACAUCCUUAUUCUUAAUAUGGUUAAAGCUCAAAUAAAGAAGAUUAUGAAAUAAAAUGCAGUCAAUGUGUUUUUGGGUAUGAACUAAUUAAUAAUCAAUGCAUUUAAUCAUGUUCUGAUAGGUGUUUGAGAUGUUAACUCAUAAAUGGGUAAAAUAUUUGUUUAAAAUGUAAACUUGGAUAAUAUGGUAGGAAAUUAACUUUAAUGAAUAAUGAAUGCAUUGAGUGCUCAUCAAAUUGUGCUUUAUGUCGAGUAAGAUCAAAUGAAGAAAUUAAAAAAAUUAAUCCUUUAUUUGAUAAUCCAAAAUAUAUUACAUAUGCUCAUUAAUGUCUCAAGAGUUAUACAGAUAAUGGAUAUACUUAUGAUUAAUAAUUAGGAAUGUUCGUAAAUUGUUUGGGUUAAGAUUUAGGAUGUUUUUUAUAGUAUAGUGUUAAUUUAAAUUUAUAUUGUUCUUCUUAAGAGUAUCAUAAUGAUAGAGAUGCUAUUUUUGAUUCUUUCUAAAGAUAACGUUUUUCACUUGAAAAUAUUUUAAUUGAUGAUUUGAUAUCUGGCUCAAGCUUUAGAGAAGUAAAGUUUAAUAUAAUUUAGUAUGAAAACGAUUUGUUUUACUUUUAAGCUAAUGAGAAAUAAAUAAAAUCUAUAAGAAUAAUAAUUCAAAGUAAAAUAAAUUAAAAAUGCAUGAUUCCAGAUCGAUCAAAGAUUUAAUAAGUCUUUAGUGAACACAUAUUUUCGGCUAUGUAUAUUUUCCCCUUAUUAAUAGCAAUGUUGAAUUAGAGUUAAACUUUCUUUAUGAAAUACAAUUUGUAUAUGAAAGGAUAUUGUAAUUUUUGAAUUUCAAUUCCAUUAAAAUAAGCAACCUAAAAUUAAUUCCAUAAUCUAGUGAUAAACUAAAAGAAAUAAUUUUCACAAGUUGUUUUCCUCUUAACAUAGAGUUAAAUAAUAUCUAAUUCUCUUCAGAUAAAUUAAUGACUCAAUCAUAAAUAAUAUUUCUGAAUGUUUCAUCACUAACUAUAAAUAAAUUCAUAAUUAGCGAUCUUAUUCUUGAAAAAAGUGAAGCUUUCAUAAUAAUUGCUUAAACUGAAUUUUAAAAGAUAAUUUAGAUAAAUGAUUUUUAAUUUUUGAAUUCCAAACUUAAUGGAAUAAACCUUUUACAUCUUGAAUUAGACUAAAAUGACAGUCUUUGUUUUUCAAAUUCAAUUUUCAAAGGGAAUUUUUACAAUUCAACAAUUAUUACAACAAACGAAAAUAAAAUUAUUGGUACCAUUUAAUUGAAUUCAACCUAAAUUGAGAGUGAUUUUCAAAAAUGUUCAUCAAUUUUUAAUCUCUUUUGGUUUUAAUAAGUGGAAGUUUUUAAUUUUAUCAUUUAAAAUUCAUAGUUAUUUAAAACUGUAUUGAUAAAAUUAAAUAAUAAUUGUACUUUAAGUGAAAUUCUUUUUUUUAAAUGUUAAUUUCUAGCUGGAAUAAUAAAUUCAGAAUUAUUUUCUUACAUGAAAUAAUUCAUUCUGUAUGUUUCCAAUAUUAAAUUUGAAUCUAAUAAAUAUGAGGAAACUAGAAAAUUAUUAAAGUUAUAAAAAUUUACUUUCCUCUCAUCCUAGCUUUAAAUAAAAAAUAUGUCAAUAAUAAAUAAUGAGAUGAUUAACAUAUCCCCAGAUUUCAAUCAACGCUUAUAAUAGUCUUCUUUAAUAUAUAUUUCUUUAGAGGAAAUCGACAUAAAUGGAUUAAAUAUUACAAGAGGACAAGGAUUGAUUGACAUAAGUAUAAUUGAAACAUAAUUCCUUUAAAUAUAAUUUGCCUUUAUUACUUAAGGUUAAGAUUACAGACUACAUAUCCAUCAAUACUUGGAAUGA